CCCAAACCCCGGGGGAACUAGUACAACAAGAUUCGAAAAUCCCCCUGCCAUCCUUGAUUUGUCUGGAUCGUCCUUUACAAUGGCACUCAAUCGCGUACUCCUCAUAGGUGCAGCAGGCAACCUAGGGAGCCUCAUUCUCAAGUACCUCCUUUCCUCCCCAUCCAAGUUCAAUGUCACGGUCUUGACUCGAGAAUCGUCGACGUCCAAGUUUCCAUCCACGGUGACCGUGUCCAAGGUCGCCGACGACUACCCACCGGCACAGCUCGUCGAAGCUUUCAAAGGCAUCGAUGUGGUGAUCUCGGCCAUUUCCAUGAUGGGCAUGCACGAGCAGUACAAGUUCAUUGACGCGUGUGUGGCAGCGAAGGUCAAACGUUACAUCCCAACGGAGUAUGGCCUUGACGAUCUGCCCGACUGGCUCGUCGAGUUGAGACCGAUGUUCCGGAUCAAGCACGACGUGCGAGACUAUUUGGUCUCCAAGGAGAAAGAAGGCCUAGACUGGACCUGCAUCAUCUGCAACGUCUUCUUCGAGAUGGGCGUCAAGUCCGGCUUCUUCCAAUUCUUCUGGCCGGACAAGAAGGCGGUGCUGAUCGACGGUGGGGAGACGAAAUGGGUGGCCACGACGUUGGAUACCGUCGCCUUGGCGGUGGUCAAGGCCAUCGAAAAGGACGAAGCCACCAGGAACAAGUUAUUGCUGAUCCAGGACUUCAGAACGAGUCAAAAGGAGAUUCUGGAGGCGAUCGAAGAGAAGACCGGAAAGUGGAACGUGGAGAAUGUGUCGUACGAGAAGUGGUUGGAAGAGGCGAAGGAACGGGCCAGGGAUGGUGAUGAUAGUGCUCUGUCCAAAUUGACGUUCGGCUCCGUGCUGCCUGGGAGUGAGUGGGAGAAGAGGGACGAGUUUGCAAACAACUUGUUGGAGCUGCCGACAAAGUCAUUCAAGCAGGCGAUGGAAAGCGUGUUACAGGGUGUUUGAUGCGACGCCAUGAUGGGUGAGAGAGGUUCUCUGAGUAGAAUGACGGUUGGAGGGACUAGCUGGCGAAUGUUGGUGGUUACCAGACCUUCAAGAUACUUCUCUUGAGGUACGACAAUUUCUGGUUCGAAAAGCAGCAUGGACGCAGAGAGAGUUGUUAACUCAGCUGGUAGAGUAACAAGGGAAUAUAGGGCGAUGACUCUGAUCCGUCGAUGACGGUGAUGGGUCGGCUCCUAACUUGGUGUCGUGGGUGCGAUUCCUACACAACUCAUUUUCUUUUUCAA